UCUCUCCAGCUCUUUCCCACACUCGCAUUCUCCUCUCUCUCACUCUGCCUUUCUGGGGAGAGGUAAACAGAGGAGAUCUCAUUUGGUGUCCUGAACUGUUGCAGCACUCAGUGCAGCCACACACACACACACACAGGCUCACAGGGGUCUCGGCAGCAGAAGAUCCCAACAGUCCUGGACCGGACUGAGAGUCGUCGUGUUGGUCGGAUCCCCCGACUGACGAUGGAGAGCCCACCAGGAGGCGGUGCCACCCGGGGGGGGGGACGCUGCUGAGUAAAGUUUGUGGAUAUUUCUAAAGGGACCCGUGAAUUUUGGGGAAGAUCUGCAGGUGGAAGCGCAGGUGGAAGCGGUGAGAAGGCGUCCACUGAUUGGCUCCUAUCUUGAAGUUUCCCGCCCAGAGCCUGCAGGCGAGACGUUGGGACACCAUGGCGGACACCGGCCCUUCCUCCUGCCACCUUCUCCUCUUCUUCCUCCUCUCCCUCGUCGCCACCCGUCCCGCCCUCGCCCAGGAACCGUCCGUCACCGCGGCGACGGUGGCCGAGGGCGACUCGUUGAGCGUCCCCACGACGCACGGCAACCAGACGACUCCGAGCUACGCGGGCGCCACCCAGAACUCCCCCGUGGAGACGGGCCUGUCCACGCCCAGCAGCGGCGGGGACGCAGACGACGAGGACGCGCUUCCCUCCGGCGGGACCCGUUGCCAGGGUUACUACGACGUGAUGGGCCAAUGGGACCCGCCGUUCAACUGCAACGCCGGCGUCUUCCUCUACUGCUGCGGCACCUGCUUCUACCGCUUCUGCUGCGGGUUCCGCAAGCAGCGGCUGGACCAGAACAUCUGCUCCAACUACGACACGCCCAUCUGGGCCAACACCGGCAAGCCCGUGGCCGCCAUCAACGAGGGCCAGGAGGACCAGGACCGGGACCGCACGCACCUCAUUGUCUACAUCAUCUGCGGCGUGGUGGCCAUCAUGGUGCUGGUGGGCAUCUUCACCAAACUGGGCCUGGAGAAGAGCCGCGGAGGAGGGAUGGGGGCGGGGCAAUCGGACAUCAACUCCAGGACCCUGACGGACCUGCUGAAGCAGCAGGGAGCUGAGGUGAGCUCGGUGGAAAACGCGGCUUCGCCCAACGGAGACGGAGCCAACGGCACCUCGGGCCGGAUGCAGCGCAGCAGGAGCGAACAGUACCAGAUGAGUAGCUCGGCUUACGGGCCGUUUGGACCGGGCCUCCCCCACCCGCACAGGAACCACAGCACGGUGGGACUGAACAAGUACACCUCCCUCAAGGCCGUGGCGCACAGUGCAUCUCGUACCUACUACAAGAGCUUCCCGCUCAUGGACUUCUCCCAGGACCAGCCGGUGGCACCACCUCCCAGUCUCCAGCCUGUGCAGCACAAGGACCAACCGUACCUCCGCCACGACCUCCACGCGCCCCUCUCCAUCUCCAUCCCCUCCGGCCACCCGGAGCAGCCGCGCCUGCCCAAAACCGCCACCCACCCGCAGCUCUCCGGCUCGGCCUUCAAAGCCUGGGAGUCGACCGGCCGCCACGUCCAGAGACAGGCCUCCGCCCCGGCGCACGCCACCUGCGGCGCGCAGGCCCCCAGCCGCAGGCACUGCUACUCCACCCGGAGGCAGCGGAGCACAGAGAACAUGCAGGACCUCUUUGCGCAGCCCUACGGAGGGAUGUGCGGAGGAGCUGGAGGCGGGGCGGGGCCGGGGCAGCCCAUAUUGGGGGGGCAGCAGCCCAUACUGGGGGGGCAGCAGCCCAUACUGGGAGGGCAGCACAUGCAAGGGGGGCAGCAGAUGCAGGGGGGGCAGCACGCGUCCCAACCUGCCUACUACCACCACAACAGGCAGAAGAGCUACUCCACCCACAGCUCGACGGAGGUGACCGUCUGAGCGGCCCGCUGCACACGGCUACAUGCUAACAGCACGCUAACGAGGGGGCCGAAUGCCGGGGUUUGGGACAGUUGGAGGCACGUGAGAAGAAAGUGUUUUUCCGUGAGAUUCAGGGGAAAAUCAGCAUUGCAGAAGCACCAGUCUUUGCGCAUUAAGUAAAGCUCACUGUACUGAGUACGGGGGUAUUGAUCAUAUAACGUAUACACAGGCUGGCUUCAAUAUGGUUGUAGGCCACAGGAAACACGACAACUCUUCCAUGCACCUGAGCUCAGAGCAGGCGGGCUUGAUUUGGUCUCUGAAGGGGUCUCACAUGGCGGAUUCCUUGCCGAUUUGGCGUAAAUGCAGAAAACCUUUGUUAUUUUGUAAAACCCAGCUGGGUCAUCAGUUUUUAAUAAAAUGACCCGUGCAUCGAUCCUCAGGACCUUUGCAUUGCUGCUGUAGUCCCACUAUUCCGUCCCAGUCUCAGGCUUAUUCACAGAAAGCCAAAAAAAGAAAAUGACUUGUCCCAUUGAACAGUGAUUUGAGGGACGGUACCUUAUUUAACUCUUUGCCAGCCUCAGGGGGAGAAGUGUAUUUGGGCCCUAUGGCCACCGGGUGUCACUUACAUCAAAUCUGCAAUCUUCUCCUCUAACUCUCUCAGAACCAGUGUGAUCAUAACUCCUCUAACAGUUUGGGUCGUUCCCAGGGCCCAGUUCUACUAGAAGUUUCCUCCUGUUUGUUUAGCAUUUCUGCGUCUUGCUCCCUGUGCAGCUGUCGCCUUCUUGUUUCUUUCUCUCCCCACAACCAAGCGCUUUGCAUUCUGUGACAUGGGGCCAAGCAUACAGGGUGCAGCACCCCCCGGGGGUUGGGGGGGGGGUCACAUUAACUCGCUCGGCGGGGACAAUGGCGCCAUCACGUCAGCUCCCAUCAGCCUCCAUCCCGACCGGGGAGAGCGGAGCCAGAGGCUGGAACUCUUUAGAAACCCAGAGAAAGGGUGGAGAGCGAUGGGAGAAAGUAGAAAAACAAAUGAACGCGGGCGUGCGUUUUG